AUGAUGGUCCCGAGAGCAUUCCUAUUCAGCUCGGCGCCGCCGCAGAAACCCUUUCAGUCUCAUGGAAUGAACCCAUCCACGCCGCCGGAUUAUUCUAGCCUUCUCUCUACCCCGAACACCGAAUCCCGCAGAUCGAUCAACACCAUCCCAGUGGUAAUUCCUCCAAAGCGUGGCUCGCGGACUCUGCCUCCACGUCGAGAGAUUCGUUCCCGGGCCUUAUCGAAAACAUCGGAAUCCUCUCAUCGGUCCUCUUCCAGCUCGUCCAGUGAUCGCCCCAUCCCUACGUCAUUUACUUUAAUGUUGGAUGCAACGGCUAUCCCUGUUCCGCGACGAAACUGGACCGCCCGCAGACCUCGGAAACUCCCUCGUGGAAAUCAUGUAGAAGACUUCAGUCGCAUGCUGCAGGAAGAUAUUGAGUCGAAAGAAGAGAGUUUCCUGGAUGGGGCCGCCUACUCCCCUCUUGACAUCCUGCUCAGCCCACCGGAUAAACUCCUGCCUUGCCACGAUUCGGAACAUGAAUCACCACCGUCAGUGAGAUCAACCUCAAGCGAUUCGAUACCCUCAUUAGACCAUGGCCUAGCAUCGCCAUCCAGUCUUCUCUCGCCGCCCACCCCUUCCAACCAUAGAAGUCCACCUGAGAGACGACAGCCUCGGUAUUCGAAUUGCGAGGAGUGUGACUUAGACCAUCCUCUCCUUAGAAACGAAAUUGAUAUCGAUGAACUCGAAUACAUCGAAAUCAAAAACGACAAUGGGCCUGCCACACCCGACGCUGUACCCGCAAGGCGAUCUGCGUCAUUUGGGCGCCUGGGAUCUAGUUUCAAGUCAAACCUCACAGCAUCUCUACGGGCCAUCAAAUCCGCUGCGCAGUCGGUCUCGACAUUUGCCACCCCUUCCGUCCAAACAGAGGAUUUCCUUACCCGGUCUCUUUUUACCAUCACCCCAGAGAUGACCGAUGAUCGCCGCCCUUUGCCGAUGCAAGAAACCCCUUCUCCAGCACUACGCCGCUACCUGAAUCCAUCUCCGAUGAAUCCGACUCCGAUGUCACCGGCCGAGAUGUAUGUCUAUCAUGAUCAUCCCCUCGACAAGCUACAGACCUCCAAAACGUGCCCCGUCUCGAUCCAAAUGCAGACAUAUCGCCGAGCCGGCGGCCGCGGGAACCGGCGGAGCCAUUUCCACAUCGCGAGCAAGGAUCAGAAAUUUGUCGCUUUCGACCCAGAAAAUCCACCCAUGUCGCGUCAGCGCGAAAUUCGUGAGAACAGCGAUUUCUUGCGCGUGGUGGUUCUCGAAAUGAACAUGCGCCGCAGCGGCAAACUCCGCGAUGACAUCCCCGCCCGUGCUCGCAUCUGGCUGCCAGCGCGCAAGACCAAUUCCCAUUUGUCGGGACAGUACGAAGACGGAGAUGACAACAACGCCGUUCCGACCCGAUGGGUGGGCGUCUCAGCCCAUUGA